AUGAAAGACUGUGGCGAUUUUGGAAUGAAGAGUUGGGAAAGUAGUGAAGUUGACAAUACUUAUAUAUCGGCAACAUCUAAUUGCAAUAUCGUAUUUACACUUCAAGAGGUCGUCGGACAUAAACACCUUUGUGCCACUAGAAGCCCUAGAUACAUUGUUCUUGGCUCGAUCGGAUCCACAAGACCCCGUGUUUCUGUUUCAUGUACCGACGGAGAAUCGUUUAGCGAGUAUACAAUUUAUUGUGGUGACAUUCUCAGUAAGGUUGCGGAGCAAACCCUUGUGGAUAAUAAGGUUUCCUACUGUCAACUACUAUUUUUCUGGCCAAUAAUGUGUCUGGCAUUGAAAGGCUCAAUUUCCCUAUUGUCCAUUCUCCAAUAA